UACUGACUUAUUUAAACGAGUUUGCUCAACAUUUAAUUAUUUAUAUGGAAUCACACACGUGUUCAACACAAUGUAUUCCCUAGCAACCAAUUACAUUACUGAUUACGUCACUUCCGCAAGCCGUUAAGUUUCCUUCAUAACGAGGCUGUGCUCUUUUUCAUCGGUGGACAUCUUGGAUGGGUCCAAGUCAGGUUGUGUUUGAGUUGUGCAGGCUUGUGUCACCUGACUUAAAGAAGGCAUUGUUUGAAGGGCUUGAUCAGCACCUCCCACGGCUCCUGCAGUUGUACAACACCGAGAGGCAGUGAAAUACCCGAAAUCCAACAUGUGAUGACCCGCAUUGAUCAAGAGACAGGAGCCUGUGGUUUCCUACUCUGAACGCUGUUCGAGACAUGUCGACUUCAGGAGGCCCCACUCCACCCUUCACCACCCUGUCAGUCACCCACCCAGCCAAUCACAUCACUCCUGUAGAGCUGCACCGACCAGAGAAACACAACGCCAUGAACUAGGCCUACUGGAGGCACGGAUGCUGAUCACAGAGGAGAGCCUGAUGACCACGAUCGUCCGCACACUCCAUGAUCACCUGAGACAUCCAGACCAGCAGGGACGAUUUCAGUUUGAACUCUACAGUGCACAAAAGGUCUUUAAAUUCCGCAGGGUCCAGAGUCUUAUAGAAGACCUCAAAUAUGUCCUGAUUAGCCGUCCAACAGAGUGGACCGACAAGCUCAGGGAGAAGUUUCUGGAAGGACUUGAUGCUUUCUUGGAGCUGCUCAAGUGCAUGCAGUGUGUUUACGGUAUGGACCCAGUAGUACGCGACGUGGACCAAGACAUAGAGAUGGAACCAUUGUGGGUGACAGCCUUCACAUUGCAGAUGAAGCUCACACACAUUAUCUCAGUGAUGCAAGAGUGGUGUGCCAGUGAUGCAGAGGAAGCUCAGCGAAAGCUUAAGAGACAGAAUGGAGAGGACCCAGCCCUGCCUCCAUUCUGCCCACUGUUUGCCAGCUUGGUAAACAUUCUGCAGUGUGACGUGCUGCUUGGCAUGCUGGGAGCUGUGCUGCAGUGGGCUAUGGAGCUCAGUGGAGGACACUGGUCUGAGUCCAUGCUGCAGAGGAUGAUGGUUAGCAUUAAAACGAUGCGUGAGGGCACAGCUGCUGCACCUCCCUGUGAAGGAACAGGGCACUGUCACAAGGAGACUGUGUGGGACAAAGACAAAGCAGAGAGAAAAAGGAAAGCUGAACUGUGCUGGAAAAAGACCAUGGCUCAAACAUUAGAGAGCCAGAGUCAUUUUAUCAAUAAGUACAUAGAUCUGCUCACGCAGGAUUCAGAGGAUCUGGACGCCUCAGCCUCUACAUCAGCAGAGCAUAGCCCCAGUUCAUGUGACAGUGCUCUGGUGUGUGUGGGACCUCGUCGUUGGCGUGCCAGAGGAGGAGAGAGGAGGCAGAUGGAGAUGUGUAUCCUGUGUCACGAAGCGCAGGAGAUCCUACCUGAUGGCACCGCCAUGGUGCUCGCUGCCUUUGUCCAACGCUCUACGGUCAUGUCCAAGAACCGCAAAAGACCCCCUCACAAUCCAGAGAGCUAUGAUCCCCUCUUCAUGCACCCUGACCUGUCCUUUGGUACCCAUACCGGCAGCUGUGGCCACAUCAUGCACUCUCACUGCUGGCAGAGUGAGCUGAUCAUCGACACAAAGCAUGAAACGAAGCUUGCUAUGUGCACUUGACUAUUUUUCACUGUCUUGGAUCAAGCCAGUGUUACUUUCAUAGUCUGUAAACUUAUUGCGCCUCAUGGGGAAGCAAAGAACGUUAACCUGAUCUGACCUUAGGAGUAAGUGCAGUGAGUAUCAAAAGCUAAAGAAAUCAGGUGAUGGAACUUGUUACGCUUGGUAAUCUUGUUUUUUAUGUGGACACGCAAACUUUUUCUGCCCAAUGUUCCCACAUUCGAAGGACCUUGUUCAUUCUUGUUCAUUCUCGAUGCCGCCACAAUGUUUUUGCAUCUAAUAAACUCCCCUACCGCCAUUAACACCUGCUCCACCGAGACCUCAGAGCUCACCUCACACCGCACCCCGUGAUGGAGUGAGAGAGGCCGGGCUCCACCGCUCAGGUGAGCCGCCAUCCCUACACUCCGCCACGAGAUCAACAGCUCCCCGCAGCAAAAAAGAAAACAACUAAUAACACCGCUUGCUUGCUAAUACUAAACCAAAAGCAGUCAAAACGUUCCAUAAGUAGGUAUGCUCAACCCUGUCGCAAGCCUUUUCCUGGUCAAUUAAAACCAAACCACAUUCCAAAUUAAAAAUCCUUCCGACCUCUACAACAUCCCUAAUGAACGAAACGUUAUCAUGAAUAAAUCUACCCGGCACACAGUAGGUCUGGUCCGGAUGGAUCACCUCUUCCAUGACUAUACUAAGUCGGUUUGCCAAUACCUUAGAGAGCAGUCGGUAUUCCACACAGAGAACUGAAACAGGUCUCCAUGAUUUUAUGUCGUGUAGAUCUCCUUUUUUGGGCAACAGAGUCAAUACUGCUCUGCGACAACUGAGUGGCAGCCGCCCCGUGACUAAACUGUCACCCAGUACCUCCAGUAGGUCUGCACCCAUUUCAGGCCAAAAAGACUUAUAAAAGUCAGCCGGUAGACCAUCGAUCCCUGGUGCCUUGCCACUCUCCAUACCCUGGAGGGCUCGUAGCAGUUCCUCUAGGGUCAACGCCCCUCCGAGGUCUGCAUGUGUUUCCUCUGACACCUGAGGGAGAUCCUUCAAGAAGACGUUAUCAUGGGCCUGUUCAUCGGAGAUUUCACACUUGUGCAGUUCCUUGUAGAAACCGACUGCUCUCUUUCGAAUUUCUCUAUGGUCCCCUAAAAGUGUCCCUUCAUCAGAAAACAGGCCAUGUAUCAUCUUAUUCUGACCAUUCUUUUUUUCC